UGUUGCCAGGGAGACGACUCAAAACACCAGAUCCCGGUUUCACGUCAAUGGCCACAAGUGAGUGUCCCGGGGUCAAGGGGUCCCGAGUGUGCCUGGACUAAACUCACUGCUGCGACUGAACGCGAGCCUGUGAGCACCGCUUGGGGGGAGGAAGGAUAUCUCGAACUUUUUUUUACCCGACCGUCCGCGGGUCAUUAACACAGACAUUACCGACUGGACUAUGCAGGGAUAACCACGUCCCUAAAGCCAUUCAGCGUCCUGCGUUUCAACUGGAUGACAAAUCACAGUCAGAAAAAUAAAGGACUUCCUCCGCUGGCUUGCUAUGGCCACUGUUUUGACCAGUGCUGCAUAUUACUCAAGCAGAUCUCAGUAAACACUGGGGUGGUUUGAGCUCUAUGCUGCUACAGCAGGGAUGAUCAUGUCCCAUAUGAACGGUCAUGUGCAAGAGGCCUCUGGUCAGGCCAAGAGCCACAGGGAGAGGGCAGUGGACUGUCCAGGAGACGGAAGUAGAAUAGUCAAAUCUUCAAACUGCAGUGCCCACAUGGAGAGGAUUCAGCACUACCAGGAAGAACUUAAGAAAAGGAGAGAGGAGGAGAGCAGGGGGAAGCAUGACAUCGACCCUAAUGCUUCACUGAGGCUCAAGAAGCUGUCACAGAACCCCAAGGUCGGCAUUGACAAUCCCACCUUUGAGGGGAAGGAAAAGGCCACCAAAGACAAAUUCCCCCAGGAUCCUGUCGCUGACCUGGCGGAGUUGUUGCAGGCUCUGAAGUGGGCGCAUCACUGCCUGGCUGACACGCAGAGCCAGCAGGAUGUGGAGCUGAUCAUGCAGCUCCUUUCCAAGGAGGACUUCAAGAAUGCAUAUACCAUCUUCAUUGCUGUAUCCCAGCAGAUGAGCAAAGUCAUUCCCACCUCACCGCUCACAGCACAAGCAGAAGAUCUCUGCCAGGAGGUCCAGAAGAUCCUCCAGUCCAGCCAACAUAAGGAGGGUUUGGAGCUCAAGUCCCUGCUCACCAAUCCUCAUCUACAGGCACUGAUGCAGGCUCAUGACAGUGUGGCAGGGCAGGAAGAGCCAGAAGAAAAUCUGACUCAGUACAUUGGAGAGACGGUUAAACUGGUGCGGCUGGUGAAGGCCCGUGACACUCCGCUGGGUGCAACAGUACGUAACGACAUGGACAGCGUGUUGGUGAGUCGUGUGGUCAAAGGGGGAGCAGCAGAGAAGAGCGGCCUUCUCAGCGAGGGGGAUGAGAUCCUGGAGAUCAACGGGAUAUCCAUUCGUGGGAAACACGUCAAUGAAGUCCACGACUUACUGCAACAAAUGCAAGGAACUCUGACCUUCCUCCUCAUCCCGAGCUCUCAGAUUAAACCUGCUCCACACAGACAGACUGUGAUGCACGUACGAGCUUACUUUGACUACGACCCCUCCGAUGACCCCUUCCUGCCGUGUCGGGAGCUGGGCUUGUCCUUCCAGAAGGGAGACAUCCUCCAUGUCAUCAGCCAGGACGACCCCAACUGGUGGCAGGCCUACAGGGACGGAGAUGAGGACAACCAGCCUCUGGCGGGACUUAUUCCAGGAAAAUGCUUCCAGCAACAGAGAGAAACCUUGAAGAAAACUAUAACAGACAAGAGUCAAGAGCAGCAAGGGAGGCUUUGGUAUGUAAAGAAAAUCAAGAGACAGAAAAGGAAGAUCACGUCUACUUCCUUAAGCAGAAACAUUGACUACGAUGACAUCCUGACCUAUGAGGAGAUGUCCCUUUACCACCAGCCGGCCAAUCGUAAACGUCCCAUCGGUCUGAUCGGCCCCACAAACAGCGGCCACGACGACCUGCGGAGAAAGUUUCUUUCCAUCGAACCAGAAAAGUUUGCCGUUGCUGUUCCUCACACCACCAGAAUCCCAAGGAUACAUGAGCGGAAUGGGCGCGAGUACCAUUUUGUGAGUCGAUCUGCCUUCGAAACCGACUUAGCAGCAGGGAAAUUUGUUGAGUCGGGGGAAUAUGAGAAGAACUUGUACGGCACCAGCACCGACUCCGUUCGACAUGUCAUCAACUCCGGACGGAUCUGUCUGCUCUGCCUCCACACCAGGUCGCUGCAGGUCUUAAGGUCCUCCAACCUCAAGCCCUAUGUCAUCUUCAUUGCUCCUCCUUCCCAGGAACGACUGCGCACUCUGCUGGCCUCAGACGGGAAAACACCAAAGCCUGAAGACCUAAAGGAGGUCACUGAAAAGGCCCGCGAGAUGGAGCAAACUUUCGGCCACUUCUUCGAUGCAACCGUGGUGAAUAUGGAUCCGGACCAAGCUUUCCACGAGCUGCGCAGGCUGAUAGACAAGCUGGACACUGAGCCACAGUGGGUGCCCACGUCUUGGCUGUGCUAGAGAUCACAGGGUGGGGCUGCAGGGAGCCAGUGUUGAACAGAAUGUUCCAGGUGAUGGACCGUGCUAAUCGUCUUUGGAUUUUAACUCGUUCAUUGUCCUCGUAACAGAAGACAUGAUCUUUACCACACACGAUGCAGGGAUGGACUCUUUCUCACAUUUUAUUUUGUUGGUGUGUCUGUGCGUCUUUGUGAUUUUUUUUUUCUUGUUUUGUUUGUUUGUCUGUUUUAUGCCAAGUCAUUUAUCACAUAGAAAUGUUUCUAUCCUAUUAGCAAUAGUUAUUUAUAAUUGUAAAUAUAUAUAUUUUCUAGCCAAAAAGAUCAAAUAUUUUAUGGAUUUUCCUGUGUGUGUGAUAUACAAAUGGUCCACUUGACUUGAAGACUGUUACAAUUUUUCAAUGGUUUCCUGAUGAAGCACGGGGUACGAAUCAGAAGAGAAGCCCCUGUGCUCAAAGUGGCUGCAGUGUAUCGUCUUCCCUUCAGUAACCGAUGGCAAAGGGUGCUGUAACCUGCACAGUUUUGAAGGUACAUCCUCUACACCGGUGUCAGUAUUAUUUUUCUGUAGUUUCAUGUCUCAACUACACUGUGAUAACAGACGUCAAAUCUCAAGUUUUGUCUCUAGCUGGUCAUCAUUACUGUCAGUAUACCAUGCUGCAAAGUACUGCUUGUGAUUGUUUCCACCAGUUUUGUCUGAACCAAACAGCUUAUUGGCUAGUGUAAGUCCAACAAACAUGGUAUUGUUUCUUUGCAGAGAACUUACUGAAUCAUGAGCACAAUUCUUGAAAAGUAUUAAUAAAAUCAGAUCCAUAUCUGCACAACUGAUCUACGCAUUGAUUCCAGUUGUUUUGUGUUCCUACAUUUGAGAACAUAGUUUGGAAUUGGUUGGUAAAAAACAAACAUGUGUACUAACUCAACCAUUGCAAAGGCCCACAGUAACGAAAAAUAAUGUGUUAAAAAUGUGGCAUUUCACAUCUGGCUGGGUUAUUUUCACAAAAUGUUUCCUCGCACAUGGGGAAGGAAAUUGGAUGCUUCACUCUUACCCAUUCCUUUUACAGCUAAAACUAAUAAGCUUCCAAAUUAGUGUAAAAAACUGGAAAGGAAAUAAUGUGUUAACUUUGUUGAAGAAUCUAGGCCUUGUUUGGAUAACAUUUAUUUGAAUGACGUUUGGGACUUUGUUCACUUGCACUUUACAGCGGGGCCGUUUCUGGUUCAAUGGUAAACAUCCUUAAAUGAGGUAAACACAAACCUCCACGACACAGACUCGCACACUUUGAAA